AUGCUUGCUUCCAUCCUGGUUCACUAUCUUGAAAAGGAAACCACGACUUUAUACAGCCGCUUCUCAAGCCAGGCGCGACACAAGAGUUGCGAUAGACCCUUGGGAAGUUGGGAUGCCAAGACGAUGUGCGAACUGGCUCAGGGUGAGUCGACUGUGUGGAAUCCCAUUGGUUGGCUAUCGACAAAGUACAGCUGUCUGCUCUACAGCGUCCUCUGA